AUGUCCGCUCAAGUCAUUCACCCAUCCAAGCUGAAGAGUCCUUACACCCAGGAGCAAGUAGCUGCUGUCAAGAAGGAUGUCGAGGCCAUCUUGAAGAACAAGGACUACGACGAUGGCUCCAUCGGACCUGUCCUCGUCCGUUUGGCUUGGCACUCGUCAGGUACAUACUGCGCAGAGACCAAGACCGGCGGAAGCAAUGGCGCGGGCAUGAGGUACGAGAAGGAGGGAGGAGACCCGGCGAAUGCAGGCUUGCAGCACGCGCGCGUUUUCCUAGAACCCAUCAAGGAGAAGCACAGCUGGAUCACCUACGCGGAUCUGUGGACUUUGGCCGGAGUCGUGGCCAUCAAGGCGAUGGGGGGACCCGAAAUCGAGUGGUACCCAGGACGCACCGACUUUGUCGAUGAUGCUCGCGUUCCUCCUCGUGGCAGACUGCCAGAUGCGGCUCAAGCUCAAGAUCAUCUGCGGGCCAUCUUCUACAGGAUGGGCUUCAACGACCAGGAAAUUGUCGCGCUUUCUGGAGCACACAACCUCGGCAGGUGUCACGCUGACAGAUCCGGAUUCGAAGGUCCUUGGGUCAACAACCCCACUCGUUUCAGCAACCAGUACUACAAGAUGCUGAUCAAGCUCAAGUGGGAGAAGAAGCAUCUGGGAAGAGAGGCGCAGGGAGCUCACUGGCAGUGGAUUGCUCGUCUACCCCACAUGGACGAGGAGGAUGAGCCCUUGAUGAUGCUGCCCACGGACAUGAGUCUUACUUUGGACGACAAGUUCAAACCUUGGGUCGAGAAGUACGCAGAGGACCAAGACUUGUUCUUCAAGGACUUUGCGGCUGUCUUUGGUAAGCUCAUCGAGCUGGGAGUCACUAGAGACGAGUCUGGCCUUGCCCAGCACGAUGGAAAGGCGGGAGAAUACAAGAGCGCUCCUAAGAAGAGCGACUCUCUCGAGGGCCCCAAGUCUAAGUUGUAG